AAGCUUCAGCCUGCGCCUGCACGUUCGACCUUCGGCUGAGCUUCUGCUCGCGCGCCUCGCCUCCGGCUUCGAGCAGGAUCAGGUCAUCCAAUAUCCUGGGGCCUGUCAGUGCCCUGACAGUGAUAGAUCCGCCCCGUCGCGAAGAUCGUGCGCGUGCAUAUAAAGCGAGCACGGUGCGCGUCGAAGGGCUCCUCGAGUCUCGCUUCGGUGGCUCUCUAGGACACUAGUAAUUUGACGGCCCUUCCCCGCGGACGACCACCAUGUUGUUCUCCACCGUCCUCAUCGCGCUGUCCUCUGUGUGGCUCGCCGCCGCCGCGCCCGCCCGUCGCAGCACGCCCGCCGCCGUGACAGACACGAGCAUCAUGCAAUAUGCGCUCACCCUAGAGCACAUCGAGCAUGCCUUCUACGUGCAGGGCCUUGAGCAGUACGACGCGCAGGCGUUCGCCGACGCAGGGUACGAGCCAUGGGUCCGCGGGCGCUUCGCACAGAUCAGGGAGCACGAGCGGACGCACGUCGACUUCUUGCGUGGCCAGCUGGGCGAGAACGCCCCUGAGCCGUGCAACUAUUCUUACCCGUACACGGACAUCCCGUCGUGGGUGUCGCUGUCGCAGACACUCGAGGAAGUCGGCGCUGCGGCGUACAUGGGCGCUGCCCUCUUCGUCCACAGCCAAGAUGUACUGUCGGCGUCCUUGGCUAUUUCGCACAUCGAGGCGCGCCAGGCCGGUUGGGUCAGCUCCGCAAUCCGGAAUAAGCAACCUUGGGACGGCGACUUCGAGACCCCUCUCUACUUCAGCGGCAUUUGGUCCCUUGCGGUCGGCUUCAUCACCUCCUGCCCGCAGACGAACCCGGACCUGCCAGUGCAGAGCUUCCCCGCGCUGACGGUGACGCCCGCAUCGCCGGUGAUGGGCGAGAACAUCACCGUCUCGUACAACAGCACGGUACAGGCGACGGACGAUUGCCCAACGUACAUGGCGUGGCACCACAACAUGACCACGACGUUCACGGUCAUCCACGAGGGCGGCGUGACAACUGUGCCGGACGGCCUGCGCGGGACGGUGUUCGCGGGGGUGGUGAAGAACACCACGACGACCACGAGCGAUGCGACGAUGUUGAGUGGGCUGGCGGCGUUGUCGUUCCCGUAUGGCUCGUAUGCGAUCGUGGGCGCGUAGGACGCUGUAUGCCGUAGUGUCUAUUUUGGUAAACCUACGAGUGGACAAACGGUUUGAACGUACCAUAGUGACCAAGUUUUGAUGUAAGGACUUCCUCAUCGACUUAAUCCGUCCUUCGAAUUGAAUUUGCGACGAAGUGACAUACCCCCA